UUUACACUUACAGAAAUUUGCGCCAAACAAAAUACACUUUGAACACAAGCAAUUCAACCACCAAUCUCUCUCUCUCUCUUUCUCAAUCAUUCAAAUCAGAAAAAGUAGAUCUAAGAACCUUUAGUUGAAGAUUCAAUUCAAUUCAUCUUCUGGAAAUAAAGAAGAAGAAGAAGAAGAAAAUUCUGGAAUCUGUAGACGAAAAUGCAGAGCAGAGGGUCGAGUGCCAGGCUUUCGGGCAUGGCAUUUCGAUCCCGAGUCCCGACUCUCUUGCUCUCCAUGUUCGCGACCUUCGCUUCCAUCUAUGUCGCCGGCCGAUUAUGGCAGGACGCGCAAAAUAGAGUUUAUUUGAUUAAGGAGCUUGAUAAGAUUACUGGUCAGGGUCAAUCUGCGAUAUCAGUGGACGAUACAUUGAAAAUCAUAGCCUGCAGGGAACAACUCAAGAAAUUAUCAGCCCUUGAGAUGGAGUUGGCUGCAGCUAGACAAGAAGGUUUUACUUCAAAGCGCACAGAGACUACAUAUACUAAUGAUGCUAAGUCUAAAAAGAGGCCUCUAGUAGUUGUUGGAAUCCUGACAAAGUUUGGCCGCGACAAAAAUAGAGACGCAAUUCGUAAGGCAUGGAUGGGAACUGGUGCAGCUUUGAAAAAACUGGAGAAUGAAAAAGGAAUAAUUGCACGAUUUGUCAUUGGAAGAAGUGCAAACCGUGGCGACCAAUUCGACAGGGCCAUUGACAAUGAAAAUAGGAAAACUAAUGACUUUAUCAUUCUCGAUAAACAUGUGGAGGCACCUGAGGAAUUUCCGAAGAAGGCUAAACUGUUCUUUGCUCAUGCUGCAGAUAAAUGGGAUGCUGAGUUUUAUGCUAAAGUCAAUGAUGACGUUUAUGUAAAUAUUGAUGCUCUGGGAGCUACUCUAGCAACUCAUUUGGACAAACCUCAUGUUUAUAUUGGCUGCAUGAAAUCAGGCGAAGUUUUCUCUGAACCGGGCCAGAAGUGGUAUGAACCAGAUUGGUGGAAAUUCGGCGAUAAAAGAUCAUAUUUCCGCCAUGCUUCAGGUGAGAUGUAUGUCAUAUCACAAGCUUUGGCUAAAUUUAUAUCAAUAAAUAGAUCUAUCCUCCGAACGUAUGCCCAUGAUGAUGUGAGUGCUGGAUCUUGGUUCAUCGGGCUUGAUGUCAAACAUGUUGAUGAAGGGAAGUUUUGCUGCUCAUCCUGGUCCUCAGGAGCUAUAUGUGCUGGCGUUUGAUUUGAUUUUCAUUGGGAUUGUUUGGAGAAAGAAUAAACAGAGUUCUCUUUGAAGAUACCAUUACCAUUCAUCAUUCAACAUCUCUUACUAAUUUGCGCUUCGCUUCACGAGGAAUCGUGGUUCUUGAGGAAUGUUGAUUCUGGGCGUCUAGCACAUCAGACACAUGAAAUCUGAUGAAAAUAGCUUCAUUCAACACCGGGACAGAGUACGGUUAGGAGGAUUGGAGUAUCUACAAUGGUCUCAAUAUAUUCAACGUAGGUCAACUAUACAAGUAUAGAAAUACUAAUUGUCGAGGUCGUCCUUUCGUGUCGUGAUGUAUUUUCCGAACAUCAUUUUGUCCCCGAGUUUAUUCCAUACUAAUGAAAUAGGAAGGUGAUUCUUUUUCAUUUAACUCAAAGUCCCGGUUUGCUUUAGUUGUUUAUGGCACGAUCCUUUCUUUGCAUUCUUAUGUUCGUAAUGUCGGAUUUCCCAAAUCUCGAGUUUAAAUUCAAACAAUUGUCCAAUAUAUGAUCACUUCUUUGCGAUUAGAGACCUGUGGUAUUUCCAAACAAAUCUACUUUCAUACUUCGAAAACUAUCCUGAUGAUCAGUACUGAAAUGCUCGUGUUUAUCGACAACAUUGAUGCGUUUGGGGCUUAUGGUUCGAUGCGUAAAACUUUUUACAAGUUAAUUUUGGUUUUUUUU